AUGUCAGGCUCAGGACAAUCCAACGUCGGAAACCGCAGUAUCUACGAGGCAGGCGACCAGCGCAACGCCCCUGUGUCCGAGCUCCAAGAGCGCGCCCGUUACGCCGAGGGCAUGCCCCACAGCCACAAGAACCUUGAUUCCAAGGAUGGCCGCUCCAUUGCCAACAAGCUUGCCUCCCAGGAGAACAAGCCUGACUCCGGGCAGCACCACAACAACGAGUACGAUGCCGAGGCUGAGUUGAGCAAGCAAGAUCCUACCAAGCCUGCCAGAUCGCAUGGCAAUGCUCCUUCCAAGGGUGCUAAGAUCGAUGCCGAGCUCAAGGCUGAGGAUGAGCAGCGUCUGCGGGAAAAGGGCAUUAAGCACUAA